CGAGCGUCCAGCAGGGGGCGCGUGGCGCCGCGAGUCCCGCAUUGUUUGGAUCAGCUGCGCGUGGAUGUGAAGCCCCACCCAAUGAGGAAGAGCGAGCCGCGAGCAGCAGAACCGGACCGAGCUCGAACCCGCACCCGCACCAUGAUCGCGCUGUUCAACAAGCUGCUGGACUGGUUCAAGGCGCUCUUCUGGAAGGAGGAGAUGGAGCUGACGCUGGUCGGCCUGCAGUACUCGGGGAAAACCACCUUCGUCAACGUGAUCGCGUCGGGUCAGUUCAGCGAGGACAUGAUCCCUACGGUCGGCUUCAACAUGCGCAAGAUCACCAAGGGAAACGUCACCAUCAAGCUGUGGGACAUCGGCGGUCAGCCGCGCUUCAGGAGCAUGUGGGAGCGAUACUGCCGCGGCGUCAGCGCUAUCGUCUACAUGGUUGAUGCGGCGGAUCCGGAGAAGAUCGAGGCGUCGAAGAACGAACUGCACAACUUGCUAGACAAACCGCAGCUGCAGGGGAUCCCAGUUCUGGUUUUGGGCAACAAGAGAGAUCUUUCCGGAGCGCUGGAUGAGAAGGAGCUCAUCGAGAGAAUGAACCUGUCGGCCAUCCAGGACCGAGAGAUCUGCUGUUACUCCAUCUCCUGUAAGGAGCAGGACAACAUCGGUAAGACUUUAAUGAGACUGCAUUCAAAAUACAGUUUUACACCAUAUAUAUAUAUCAACCACUUCUGUUAA